UUAACCUUUCAUUUUUAGUUUUUUUUCUCCCUUUUUUAUUUUGUUGAUUUUUGCCAGAUGAAAACGUCCCAGACUUUGAAUUUUUCUAAACAUCACAGUGCUUAAUUUGGACUAGUAAGCAAUUGCAUAGCAGCAUGUGAAAAGGCAAAAAAAUGAUAUCAGGACUUGAUUAUUAUUUGCUCCCCAUUUGUUGCGUGUGACAAUUUUCUACUUUUAUUCCAUCUUAAUUUACAGUCUUGAUCCAUUACAUAAAUCCCAGCAGUCUAAUGCAUGUAAGUGUCAGUUUCAGACCAAUAGCUGAUUGGAAAAGCGAUCAAAUGUUGUGCGACUGAACCCAAUACAUCUUUAGUCUUGUCAAUGAUGUAUUGAUUUCUUCAAAACCUCAUCGACCGGACCAAAGACAUACAAUACACUAUUUAAAUAGACAACGAUAUCUAGAAGCAUUUACCAGAUACAGCAACCCAAAAUGUAACAAUGCACAUACAAAAUGCAACAAAAUAUCAAAACAAGCAAACAAAUGCUACAAGAACUUUUCUCAACCCAAAUGACUUAUAAACUGGUGUUUUGGAUAUUUUUAGUGUUUGAUUGCUUAAAUAUAUGCAUAACUUGUUCUUUUCGAAGGUGUAUGCGAGCAGUAAAAUUAGCUUGUUUCCAAGACAACGGCACAAUAUCACUUUAUUAUUCUUUUUUCUCAUUUUAUCUCUUGAUCUGACAAAAUUGCUGGUUUGUCAGCAAUGCCAUUUCUCCAUUUCUCUCUUCGUCUCUCGUCCUCUCCACCUUCACCUCCUCCUCCCUCCCUCCACCUCCCAUCCAUCAUUCCUCCCCUGAUAAUACGGACCACUCGCUGUGCGACACUCCUUCAGUGCUUCACUCCGUUCAUCUCUCCGCUCAGCAUCCAUCCAUCCUCCGGCAGCACUAUGGACAGCACAGUUUCAGCCUACUCUGAGAAGCUGAGAGAGAUGUCGGUGUUGUCUCUCCUGUGCUCUUGUUUGUAUUCCCAGCCUCUUCCCAACACCUUCCCAACUCUGUUUGAAGAUAUGGAGGUGAAGUCGCUGAAUAAGCGAGCUUCUGGUCAGGCGUUUGAGGUCAUCCUGAAGAGCCCUACUGAGCCAUCUCCAGAGAGACCCCAGACUCUGGCACUGCCGCCCCAGAAGAAGGAGCCUUCCCUGGGGGAACUACAGAAGAGGCUGGAGGCCGCCGAGGAGAGACGGAAGUCUCAGGAGAAGCAGGUGCUGAUGCAGUUGGCGGAGAAACGGGAACGUGAGAAGGAGGUGCUCAACAAGGCCCAGGAGGUCAACAACAACUACAGCAAGAUGACCGAGGAGAAGCUCAACCACAAGAUGGAGCUGAUCCAAGAAAAUCGCAUGGCCCAUCUCAGUGCUCUCAAGCAGCGUCUGAGAGAGAAGGAGCUUCACGCUGCAGAAGUCCGUAAGAACAAGGAACUUCACACUGAGCUCUCUGGAUAAGGACACUCUUUGACGCCAGAGCUGUGAGAUGUCCAUUUGGAGAAUAUCUCAUUCUCUGGCCACAGUCUUAAGAGGUCAUAUCAGACUCACCUUAUCAGUUUACCUUAUCAAUAAAUGUCUGAGCAUAUAACAGUAUCCCACAUACAAUUACAUGGACAAAAGUAUGUGAGCAUCCAAACACCACAGCCAUAUGUGCUUGUUGAUGGUUUAAUUUGAGAAGCAUGGGCAUUAAUGGGCAGUUUGUUCUUGAUAAAAGCUCUAGUUCAGUGUCCCAGUUCAUCCCAAAGGUAUUCAGGUCUGGACUUUGUGUAGGCCUGUCAAGAUCUUUGACCUUUCCUGAUGGACCUUGACUUGUGUGAUGUUCCUAAAUCAACAUCUUCUGUUGAUCCUAGAACAAGAAGUCCUAUCCCUAUCCCUAAACCCAACCUUUACCAAAAAUUAUGGCUAAAAUCAGAGGAAAGUUGAUAAGAAUGUUGUUCAAGCUACUACUUAUUCCUUAAAAUCUGAUUGGCUGAGGCUGAUCCGGGAAGGAACAUGCCCUACUUGGCAGAAUUGCAGUCACCUGCUUUGUGCACAAGUACUUAGUCAUGCUGAAACAGAAAAGCGUCACCCAAAGCUGUUGAACAAUCUCCAGAAUGUCACUGUAUGGAGUAGCAUUAAGAUUUGUAAUUAUUUGAUUAGCCAAACGCAUUUAUUGCAAAGAGGUGUCCACAUACUUUUGACCAUUAGGUUUAUCUGCCUGAUGACAAAAAAACUACAACUUAGACCAGCUUAAAGACUUGUUUUUAGAUUGGCAUUAGUGAUAUGUUAUUGACACGAGCUGAUUAAGAGGGUUGUUGUUGCUGAUAAACCAGUUAGACCAGUGGGUGAGCUAAAACCAGCAUGAAACUGUCAAAGCAUAC